CAGUAAUAUACUUUGGGAGUGUACUUCGAUCGCCCUGUAUUUUUUUGAACUGUUAAUAAUUGGUAUAAAAAUGAUAGAAUGGCUAUAACAUGUUAUGGUUUUAUAUAAUACGAAUGAUAGGUGACUUUCAGAAUGAGCACAACGGAGCGCACAUUCAACACGGACGCAUAUAAUAAUUGUUAUAUUGGUCCGUGCCAUCCAAGCAGCAUCCGGAAAUGAAACUCUGGCUCUUGCGUGCACUUCCUGGUCCGGGCUCACGCGCACACGCGCAAAAUCACUGUAGUGUCGUCUGGACUCCUGCGUCCGAACGGCGGAUGUAUCCUCAACUGUUGUUUUCCUGCUGACAUCUGCAGUCGCCUGUGUUUGCUUUCCGCUCGUGUAAGCCACCCACCCAUCACCGCAAUUUGUGCCCUUUUAUUUUGUGCACCUUCCUCUUCUUUUCUUCUUCGUCUUCCUUAUAAUUUUUGUAAAAAUUUGCGUGACCGGGGGUCGGGGAAGUAAACACGAAGACCAGUGCCCAUGAAAGUCAGCGAGGAAGGACCGCUACGUCGCCGUCAUCAUCAUCACCAUCACCACCAUCACCAUCAUCAACAUCAUCAUCAUCAUCAUCGUCCUUGCUCGUGAUUUCUGAUCGGGUGCAGACGAGAGCUAAUGUUUGCGCCCAUGGCGUCCAUUUCGAAGGUGUCUAUUUUGGAUUACUUUAAUAUUGUGUUCGAGGGCGAGAAUGGCAAAAUCGAAUCCAACUGCAAGGCGUGUGGCACGAGAAUCCAAGCGAAGCGCAGCGUCACGUCCAACUUCGUCACGCAUCUUAAGCGCAAGCACCAGGCCAUGUAUGAUGACUUUGUCAAAAGAAAGGACAUGAAGAGAGAAGGGUACCCCUCUGCACCCAUGCACACUUUGACGACCAAUGGAGGGAAUGCCCGCUUCACUCUCCCUGUGGGCGUGGGAGUAGGAGCAGGUGCUGGAGGGAUUGGAGCCCGCGAGGGAGGAGGAGUGAGCAAGUUUGACAAGCACGAUCCACGUCAGGUCUUGAUAAGCGAGGCGAUCGCAAAGAUGAUUGUACGCGAUCUGCAGCCAGUCUCCAUGGUGGAAAACUGUGGCUUCAGAGUGCUGCUUCAGCUCCUGGAGCCACGCUACACACCUGAUCCCCAGUACUACAUCCAGAACCAGCUCCUCCCAGCGUACACUUACCAGGCCCAGGUGACUAUCCGUCAGGCCCUGGCUUCAGCACAUGCCCUCAGCCUCAGCCUGGAUGUCUGGAGGGCCUCAUCCGCAGCCACGUUAGGUUACCUUGGUGUCACCUGCCACUUUCUGUCAUUGGAGUGGCAGAUGAGCUCAGCUCUCUUGGCGUGCCUGCCCCUCAGUGGGAAUCGGAUUCUUUCAGAUUUUGAAGAAGUGUGUCACUCUCACGGUGUGUCCGGAAGAGCCUUCCGUGUUGUUUCUGACCCGCUUCUGGCCACGACUACUGUGAAGCCAUGCUGUCUACCCGGUUUCUGCCAAGAGGAGGAUGAGGAAGACGAUGCAGAAAGGUGGAACGUUGCCGCGGGAGGCAUUCGGAAUGGACACGCGGGAGAGGAAGCAUGGGAGGACUCGUGGGAGCGGGAUCUUGGCGUUUGUCGUGUGGACUGCUUCUCUCACUCUCUUAGCCAUUGUGUCAGAGAGGCGUUACGUUCUUGUACGCAGCUCUCUUCUGUGCUGGCCAAAGCUGGUCGCUUCUACAGCUACAUUACAACAGUGGUUCCACCAGAGAAAUUGAGUCAGGUGUUUGAUGGACCUGGCAUGGAGAUCGGGGCCCUGGGAAAUGCUUCGCUACUGAUUCGAGACUGGGCUACCCAGCUUAAGGUGCUUCGUCGACUGUUGGAGUCUGUGGAGGUCUUGGAGGAGAUGGGUGGUCCUGGGGAAAUGGUGCUCGGUGUUACAGAGACGGCGCUGCUGAGGGAGCUCACUGACACUUUGGAGCCCUUCAUGGAAGCCUGGGACAUGGUGUGUGGGGAACGACAGGCAGAAACCCAGACUGACACACAGACAGACAGACAUGUGUCCAUUAGUCUGGCACUCCCCUGCGUGCUGGGCUUACGCAAGCAUCUUUCUGAGACAUCAACCCCCAAUUGUCCUUCUCUCAUGGCCAGCCUCAGCCAGGCCGCAGAGCGUCGUCUCGCCCCGAUCCUGGAAGACCCCCUCUACAUCACCGCCACCACCCUAGACCCCCAAUUCAAACUCACAUGGAGCAGUGACCCUGAAUGGCACAGACAAGUUCUCCUCAAAGAAUUAUCCAAAUACUCGGCAGACUCCAACACAGAACAACUUCCUCAUUCCUACACGUCUCCAGCCCCGGCGCCGUCGCCCGUGUCGCCGCUGGCUCGGCCCUGCAAACUGUUCUCUUUCAUCAAACAGAGACCCAUGACACAGGCCAAGAGCCUGGAGCAGGAGCUAGCCAUCUACUUGAGAGAAGAACCCACGGAUGAAGAGGCUUGGCAUUACUGGCGACGUAAAGCUAUUGACUUCCCUCUUCUUGCCCAGGUGGCCAAGAGGGCGUUGACCAUACCUGCUUGCAGCACCGUGGUAGAAAGCAUCUUCAGCAAGGCCCGACGCUGUCUGCGGCCCGAGAGAGGACGACUCUUACCAAAGAACCUGGAGACACUUAUCUACCUCAAAGCCAAUUACAGAUUAUUGUGGACUUAGUCUCAUUGUUUGCAGCCUUAUACAAAAUAUCACACCACAUGCUAAGGAAUAAAGGGAACUACUUGUUAUUUGACUUUGCCUGACCUUGUCUCCACAUAUCCACACUAUCUUUAUCCAACCGUUCCCCCGAGACAUUUAACCCACUGGUUACAUUAAAACUAUUUUGUAGAAGACUUCUAGUUGCUGACAUACAUUAACACAAAAAGUUCAUGUAUUCGAUUUUUUUUAAUGCCUAUAUGACGAUGCAUCAACCACUAACACCAAUAUUUUUCAUCUCUGUGUAUGCCUCAUCACUAGAACUUAAUAAAUGACCUUGACUUGUUA